CCUCUCCCUAACCACCAAGUGCGUCCACUUGAUCCCGCGGACCUGCUCGCAGAACUCAGGAGGCGAGGACCACCGACGACAAAAAGCCGGAGACAGGAACAGAGAGGCAUGCUGAGGAACUCCACGCACAGAAGCAUGCAGGCGGCGGGAGAGGAGGCGAGGUUUCGCGCGGUGGCGCGGGAAAGACGACACCUUGCCCUGUGCAUCAACAACCAGGAGGAAGUGAAGAGGUUCCAUCGCUACUGCAAUCACAGCGGAGGACAAGCAGCUCCUAAGGUGGACAGCCACCCCCAAAGGAGCGAGGUAGAGCCUGACAACAGGUCUCACCGCCGUGGGCAUCAACAUCAACAACAACAACAACAACAGCAGCAGCAGCAACUGGAGAUCAAGGCUAUUGUUAUCCAGCGUGCCUGGCGUGCCAGCGUGUGGCGCAGGGGGGGCUGGCAGGACCGUGACAAGACCGGAACGCAGGAGAGUCCAGACGACCCCGAGAAGACCACCAACCUUUUCCCGGAGCAGCUCCACAGCCUCCAUAGUGGCUUCAAGCACGUCAACGAUGGAAGCUACCAGCAACAGAUUGAUGACAUAAUGGUGGACCUGGACAACAACAUCACCACCAUGAGCGUGCCGCCUUUCGAGAACAAGGUGUUGAUCAUCCAGCGGGCCUGGCGCGACUUCCUCCAGAAGCAGGAAGCGGAGAAGAGAAGCCCUUCUCCGUCUUCCUUUUCUUCUUCAGACAAGAUGAGCAUGUCCAUCAGCAUGGCCACCCUCUCCGACGGCAGCACCCCGGAUUACCGGGAGGAUGGCAUGGACUUGGGGAGCGAUGCGUCCAGCCGCUCCAGCUCAGAGUCCAACUCCAACAAGGUUACCCCCUGCUCUCCUUCUCCUGACCUGGCCACGCUAGAUGGCUACAAAUCAUCCCCUUCUCUGGACCUUGUCACCUUAGAGGACUAUGAGGAGGACGAGGACUACCAAGAGUACAAGAAGAAGGUGAUAGAGGAGUGGGAGAGUGAGUACGGAGACGACUGCGCCUCCCCGCAGCCUCCUGGUCAGGAGGAAAGCGGAGGAGGCGUCACAGGACCCGUGGAGGUCUACAGGAAGAACAGCCGCAGCCUUGCCGAAGAAUUACAGGAUGCGAAGACCAUCCUUCCCAUCCCGACCCCCAGCAGGCGCACUAGCAGCUCCAUCGCCGGCGUCCCAGAGGAACUUAAACAAAACGGAAACGUAAUUUUGCCCCGCAGCAACCAGCUCCACUCCCCUGGUACACCGCAGGGGGGGCUCACAGGGGCUACCAACCGCAGACACCUCAGUCAAGGCAGGGGGAACCGAAGCACGGGCGGCGCAGGACACAGUGCCGGGAUUGUAGGAUGUAUGGGAGGUUACCGAGAGGACGACGGCGUCGAGGAAGAGACUCUGCCUACCAUGGACUGGGCCGCGCUGGAGAGGCACCUGGCGGGGCUGCAAUGCCGAGAACAGGAGAACCAGAACCUCAAUCACAACCAGAACCACAACGUGGGCAAGACCAGCUACACCUCGGCCCAGAAAAAUGAGAGAGAGUCCAUCCGGCAGAAGUUGGCCCUGGGCAGUUUCUUUGACGAUGGACCGGGCAUCUACACCAGCUGCAGCAAGAGCGGCAAACCCAGUCUGUCGUCACGGCUGCAGAGCGGCAUGAACCUGCAGAUCUGCUUCGUCAACGACAGCGGCAGCGACAAGGACAGCGAUGCGGACGACAGCAAGACUGAGACCAGCCUGGACACGCCUCUGUCCCCCAUGUCCAAGCAGAGUUCGUCCUACUCGGACAGGGACACCACGGAGGAGGACUCCGAGUCCCUGGAGGACAUGGACUUCUUGAGUCGACAGAAGAAGCUGCAGGCGGAGGCCAAGCUGGCGCUGGCCAUGGCGAAACCCAUGGCCAAGAUGCAGGUGGAGGUGGAGAAACAGAAUCGCAAAAAGUCGCCGGUGGUCGAUCUGCUUCCACACAUGCCUCACAUCAGUGAAUGUCUGAUGAAAAGAAGUCUGAAGCCCAACGACCUGAGGGACAUGACCUUGGGACAGCUGCAGGUUAUAGUCAACGAUCUGCACUCCCAGAUUGAGAGUCUGAACGAGGAGUUAGUACAGCUGCUGGUGGUCCGAGAUGAGCUCCACAUGGAGCAAGACGCCAUGCUGGUCGACAUUGAAGACCUCACCAGGCAUGCUGAGAGCCAGCAGAAACAUUUGGCCGAGAGGACCCUAUCCAAAUAAGACGCUUCCCAGUUCCCGCUCGCUCCGUCCCACCUCCCUCUCCCCGCCACCUGAACCAAACAAAGCCCCUCACCAAACCAUUCCAUACUGAUCCAAAUCUACUCGCUUGUCUACCCGCCCUCCUGCCCAGCAGGGGUCCAUCUCUCACCCUGCUUGCGUCCCAAGGAUGGCGGAGUGCUUCCGAAAUGCUCCCCGGGAUGAUGAGAGGAACCAGAUAGUGUUUUCUGUCCCGGCUUUCUGUGCAGUGAUCGGCCUUGCUUUGCUCUCCUUUUUUUACUUUCUACAUUCGCCACUAAAUUAUUACUGUCAAAUGCAAAAAAAAAAAAAAAAAAAAGUCGUCAUAGUGAAAACUUUAGUCGAAAGUCAGUCUUAAGAAGAAAACAAAACAAAAAAAAAAAAGAAGAAACAACACUGUAUUUAAAAGAAAAAAAUAUGAUGGCUAAUUCUCUUCCAAGCAUUUUAAGUUGGAUUGUAAAGUAUUCCAAGCUGUUUUUAUUCUGCACAAAUGGUAGUUUUCAACUGAGAAAUGUUUAUUUGAAGGUGCUAAAAGAGUGUAAAGGAAACAUGCCUGCCUUGUAGUGGAGUCCUAGCUUUUCUUCAAAAUACGUUCACUCCAAUUGCUCUUCGCCAUUUGUCAAUGUUGAUUUUUUUUUUUCUGACAUUCGAAGAAGAAGAAGAAGAAGAAACGCUGUGUCCAUAUUGUUUUCAUCCGACUGUAUUCAGAAAAUCUUUAUUUGCGGGGAGUAAAAAUGUUUAUGUACAGAUAUGUAAAAUAAAGAAUAAACUUUGUUUCAUAUAC